GGCUCAACGGCCCCUUUAAAGCCUUGACAUCGAGAGGCGGCUCCGGUACCCCCCUUUUUCCGCCCCCGGCUCCCGAGCCGCGGCCAUGGACCCGGUGGACCAGGCCUGCCCAGCUCAGCACCUGGUUUGGGUGAGGUGACCGUUCGGGCUGCCAAAGUGAGCGUGCCAGCCUGGGUGAGAAGCAGAGACUGCCUGCCAGGGCUUCUCUCUCUUGUUACCAGGGCCUGACAUUGAAGGCCAUGGACCAACCAGCUAGAGGUCCAGGAAACACAAGGCUGACAGCUGGGGAUGAUGGGAGCAGCAUGGAGCCUGACACCUGCCAGGAGCUUCUGCACCGACUGCAGGAGCUGGAGGCAGAGAACUCAGCACUCGCCCAGGCCAAUGAGAACCAGCGGGAGACUUACGAGCGCUGUCUGGAUGAGGUUGCCAACCAUGUGGUGCAGGCACUGCUGAACCAGAAGGACCUGCGGGAGGAGUGCAUCAAGCUGAAGAAGAGGGUGUUCGACCUGGAGCGGCAGAACCAGAUGCUGAGCGCGCUGUUGCAGCAGAGGCUCCAGCUCACAGCCGGCUCCCCCGCUCAGAUCCCACUCACCCCACUCCAGCCACCAUCAGAGCCACCAGCCUCCCCAUCUCUGAGCACUGCUGAGGGACCAGCCACCUUACUGCCCCUAGGACACUGUGCUGGGCAAAGAGAGGUGUGUUGGGAACAGCAGUUGAGGCCAGGAGGCCCAGGCCCCCCCGCCACCCCACCCCCAGCGCUGGAUGCCCUGUCCCCAUUUCUUCGAAAGAAGGCCCAGAUUUUGGAGGUGCUGCGAGCCCUGGAAGAGACUGAUCCUUUGCUUCUGUGCUCACCUGCCACCCCUUGGCAGCCUCAAGGCCAAGGCCCUGGCUCCCCAGAGCCCAUCAAUGGCGAGCUAUGUGGCCCACCCCAGUCUGAGCUCUCACCCUGGGCACCCUAUCUGCUGCUUGGUUCUGGGAACCUGGGAGGCCUGCUGCACUGGGAGCGUCUCUCAGGGGGCUCAGGGGAAGAAGAAGGUUCCAGGCAGCCCUGGACUUCUAGUAGAGGCCCACCACCAGCCCAGGGCCCCAGCUCUGGCACACACUGUGCCCCAGGCAGCAGCUCCUCCUCAUCUUCUGAUGAGGCAGGUGACCCCAAUGAGGCACCCAGCCCCGACACCCUGCUAGGUGCCCUGGCCCGCAAGCAGUUGAACCUGGGCCAACUCCUUGAGGACACAGAAACUUACCUCCAGGCCUUCCUGGCUGGGGCUACAGGCCCACUCAAUGGCGACCACCCUGGUCCUGGAAAGCCAUCCUCCCCAGACCCAGGACCCCGACAGCUGUCCAAGUCCAAAGGCCUCCCGAAGUCAGCUUGGGGUGGAAGUACCCCAGAGGCCAACAAGCUGGGCUUUGGUGCUACCUCAGAGGGCCAGGGGCCCCUUCCCUUCCUCAGUAUGUUCAUGGGUACAGGGGAUGUCCCACUGGGAUCACAGCCUGGCCACCCCCACUCUUCAUCUCAGGUGAAAAGCAAGCUCCAAAUUGGGCCCCCUUCUCCAGGGGAAGCCCAGGGACCCCUUCUACCCUCUCCAGCCAGAGGUCUCAAGUUCCUCAAACUGCCUCCGGCCUCAGAGAGGGUCCCCAGUCCAGGAGGCCCCCAGCUCAGCCCCCAGCUCCCCCGAAAUUCUCGAAUCCCUUGUCGUAACAGUGGUUCAGAUGGCAGCCCCUCCCCACUGCUGGCCCGCAGGGGUCUAGGUGGCGGAGAGCUGUCCCCAGAGGGAGCACGCGGCCUCCCCAGUAGCCCUUCUCCCUGCUCCACAAUCCCAGAUGCUGUGCAGCUCAGAACCCCCCAGACAGCCUCGUCCACUACACUGUCUCCCAGACCAGUAGUGUCUCCCUGCUACGAGAACAUCCUGGACCUUUCCCGGAACACCUUUAGGGGGUCCUCCCCAGAGCCACCUCCAUCCCCGCUGCAGGUGCCCACCUACCCACAACUGGCUCUGGAGGUACCUCAGGGGCCUGAGGUCCUCAGGAGCCCUGGAGCCCCCGGUCCUUGUCUCCCAGAAUCCUGUCCUUAUGGGAGCCCCCAGGAGAAGAGUCUAGACAAGACUGGCUUGGAAUCUCCGCACCCCAGUCGCAGGACCCCAGGCAAUUCAUCCAAGAAGCCUGGUCAGGGGUCCGGGCGGCGACCUGGGGAUCCUAGCUACACACCGCUGCGGGACAGACUGGCAGCCCUAGGAAAACUGAAGACAGGCCCAGAGGGGCCCCUGGGCCAAGAAAAGAAUGGGGUGCCAGCCAGGCCUGGCACUGAGAAGGUUCGGGGAGUGGGGAGAUCAGUUGAGAGUACUGGAGACAUGAUACCCCCCACCAACAAACCCCUUGAGCAGCCAGAAGCUAAGGGAGUCCUUCGGGGAGCAGUGGCCUUAGGCACAAGCAGCCUGAAGCAGCAGGAACCUGGACUUGGAGAUCCUGGGACCCGAGUCUACUCUUCCCACUCCAUGGGGGCUCGAGUGGACCUGGAGCCUGUCUCACCAAGGAGCUGCCUCACCAAAGUGGAGCUGGCCAAGAGCCGGCUGGCAGGGGCCCUGUGUCCCCAGAUGCCCCGGGCCCCUGCAAAAGUGCCAUCCUCAGGCCCUAGCCUGGGCAAGCCCAACAAAAGCCCUCACAGCAGUCCAACAAAACUACCCUCCAAGUCACCCACCAAGGUGGUACCCCGGGCUGGGGUCCCCCCAGGCACCAAGGAGCCUCCCAAGCCUGAUAAGGGGAAGGGCCCACCGUGGGCAGACUGUGCCAGUACACUGGGCCAGCCUACAUCCCCAGUACCUGGUCCCACCGAUCCAAUCCAGGGCCCUGAGGGGUCAGCCCCACAUUCAGCUAUUGAGGAGAAGGUGAUGAAGGGCAUUGAGGAGAACGUGUUGCGCCUCCAGGGCCAGGAGCGGGCACCAGGCUCUGAAGCCAAGCAUCGCAACACCAGCAGCAUCGCCAGUUGGUUUGGCCUUAAAAAGAGCAAAUUACCAGCGCUGAACCGCCGCACCGAGGCUACCAAGAACAAGGAAGGAGCUGGCGGGGGCUCCCCACUGCGGAAGGAGAUCAAGACAGAAACCCGGAAGCUGGAGGCAGAGAGCCUCAACAUCUCCAAGCUUAUGGCCAAGGCUGAAGACCUACGCCGAGCACUGGAGGAAGAGAAGGCCUAUCUGAGCAGCAGGGCUCGACCACAACCUGGGGGCCCAGCCACAGUGCCCAGCCCAGGGUUGGGGCAGGUGCAGGGUCAGCUAGCUGGCAUGUAUCAGGGUGCAGACACCUUCAUGCAACAGCUACUCAACAGGGUGGAUGGCAAGGAGCUGCCACCCAAGAGCUGGCGGGACCCCAAACCUGAGUAUGGCGACUUCCAGCCAGUGUCCACUGACACUAAGAGCCCCUGGCCAGCCUGUGGGCCCCGGAAUGGCUUGGUGGGUCCACUUCAGGGCUGUGGAAAGCCUUCUGGAAAGCCCAGCAGCGAGCCAGGCAGGCAGGAAGAGAUGCCCUCAGAGGAUAGCCUGACUGAGCCAGUUCCCACCUCACACUUCACAGCCUGUAGUUCCUUGACAAGGACCUUGGACAGUGGCAUUGGGACCUUCCCGCCCCCGGAUCAUGGCAGCAAUGGAACUCCCAGCAAGAAUCUUCCCAAGAGCAAGUCACCACGGCUGGAGCCCCCACCAGGGGUGCCCCCAGCUCGGCCUCCAGCCCUUACCAAAGUCCCCCGCCGUGCCCACACUCUGGAGCGGGAGGUGCCAGGCAUAGAGGAGCUGCUGGUGAGUGAGCGGCACCCCAGCAUGCCAGCCUUUCCUGGGUUGUUCACUGCUCCUCCAGGCCACCGAGGCCAUCAGACCUGUCCCGAUGAUCCCUGUGAAGACCCAGGUCCUCCCCCACCCAUCCAGCUAGCCAAGAACUGGACCUUCCCCAACACCAGAGCAGCCAGCAGCUCCAAUGACCCCUUCCUGUGCCCAACCCGACAACUGGAGGGGCUGCCUAGGACCCCCACGGCCCUGCCCAUGGACCGCAAGCGGGACCUGGAACCCAGCCACACAUCUUCUACGCCUCAGGUCCCAGCAUUUGGAGGCAGUCGCACCCCUAGUACUUCAGACAUGGGCGAGGAAGGCAGAGUGGCCAGUGGGGGUGCUCAUGGACUGGAGACCUCAGAGUCCCUUAGUGACUCGCUCUAUGACUCACUGUCCUCCUGUGGGAGUCAGGGCUGAGGGGCUGUGUCCACUGCAGUCCCUCUGGAACUAGGGACCCCAGACUGGACCCGUGCUCAUGCCCCACGACUUGGAGCCAGCUAGUGGGGCUUGACCUGAAGGGACCAAGGAGAAAAGUGACUAAGAAGGUGACAGGGGUCCCUGGAGUACCCCACUGCUUCUGCGGAUGAGAUGACCAUGCUCCGCUCAGGGAGAGACCCCACCCCUGGUCCCUUCGCUUACUGAGAAUAAGGCUCUUCUCUAAGGGACUGGAGGCUCCAGGCCGCUUUGUCCCAGCUCCCACUUCAGGCUGAGCCAUCUUGUGGUGCUGGGCUUCCUGCCCACCAGCUGUGCCAUCUCUGCCCAACCUGGCUGCAACCCUGCCCCGAAGCCCCCAUGGGGCCAUUCUGGAGACCCCGUGCUUGUGGAGUUGGGGGUGAGGGGGACAAGUUGCCUUCUCUCUCUUCCCUGGUCCUCCCUGCUGUCUGAAUGGUGCUGCCCUCUUCACCCCAUGUCUUUGGGGUCUGUUUGUCUUUGCAUUU